AGGGGGGAAGAAGCAUUUUCACUUCUCUUUUUAGUAGAAAUGAAUAAAUACUCGAUCAGUUUCUGUUUCUUGAAGAGUCUCCGACAUGGACAAGCUCAUCUCUCUCUUUGUUUUUUCAGCACUCUCACAGAUUGUAGUGUCUCAUGUUCACACUGAGACGUCUUUCAGAGCCAACAUUGAGUUGGUGUCAGAACAUUCGAGGAUUUUCUCGGGGGAGAGAGCCCGCCUGAGAUGCAGUAUUCCUGAUGUGCACAGGUCUAACUGGACUUACCUGUGGUUCAGGGGGUCUGAGGAGCUCUCACAGACUGGGGAAGAAUUAAAUCUGUGGAAUACCAAAGUUCAAGAAAGCGGGAAAUACUACUGCCAAGGAACAAGAAAUACAAAGGUGGGAAAGAUUCGCACCCAGCAAAGUGUCCCUGUGGAGCUCAAGGUGGACGGUGGCUGGGCGAUUCUGCAAGUCCCACGACAUCCUCAACUUGUCGGGAGCACAUUGGAGGUGACAUGUCGUGUCAGACGGAAUCCCCGACUUGAAGAGAUUAUUUUGUACAAAGACGGCGUUGAAGUAAUGAGACAAAAUGGUCACAAGCCAGAUUUCUAUCUGACCAACUUGAGCCUUGAGGACCUCGGAGUAUAUUCUUGCAGGGCUUCCUGGGAUGUGAGGAGACAAACACUCUCUGUCAUUUCUGCUGGCACUCAUGUACAGAUCUUAGAGGUUCUGUCACAGCCAAUUUUGGAGAUCAUCCCCAACUAUGAUACUCAGCUGAAGAGGAUGAAGCUCACUUGCCAUGUGCAAUACAACGCCCCUGCUCCUGCCCCUCCGAUAGACUUCUAUUUCUACAAAAAUAACAGGCGACUGGGACCUGCAACCUCUGACAACUAUAAUCUAGUGAAACAGACUCCGGGGCUGUACAGCUGCAAGGCCAGGGUGCCUCAGUUGGACCUCUCGAAAUCCAGUGAACCCAAAAACUUUGGACUAAGAGCCACAGGCAACUUCCCACCUGCUGCUUCACUACCAAGAUUCCCUAAACUCUCCUCUCACCAGCCCAUCCAGUUCACUCCAGUAAAGAGCACACCAUCACAAGGGCCUCCACUGAAGACUUCACAACCAGUCCCAACCACUUUGCUGACUACAGACCAGGUUUUUAACUCAGCUACAACUCAAGAUCAGGCAAAUCCAUUUGAGGAACCCGGUGACAUGUCUGGGGACUCUGCAGAUUCUCUGUGAUAACUUAGCAUACAUUACAAACAAUCUCUACUAAUCACGCUGGGUCAUUGUCACACUUCUGUAUUAAACUGUGCAAUUUUUCAUCUUUUGUAUUUGUACUUUGUACAACUAGAAAUGUCAUAUAUGUGGUCCUGCUCCUGAAAUUCAGAUGAAUUAUCUCCAGUUAACAAAUAUCAAACGCUGUACCAGAAUUGUUGGAAAUAUCUAACACAUACAUGUUAAAGUCAAAUAAAGCAAAAUUCACAAAAUGUUA